AUACAAAAGUUACAGCUUUUAUUAAAUUUGCAAAAACCUCGUUUACAUUUUUCUGAUGAUAUUUGAUAUACUAUCCCUUUUCCAAAUUUAUCCAUAAAAAUAAAGAACAAAGAAAACUUGAGCAAGCUAAAGAAAAAAUAAUGAAAUGAGAAGCAAAUUUGUUUGAAAAAACUCGUCCCAAACGAAAUGAAAAUGAAUCCAGCCUGCAGAGUGAAACUGCAGAGCACGGAGUGCCAGGAGUGGAUGAACGAGGUGUGCGCCCACUGCGCCCAACUGCUGCCCAGUGCGGAGCAGGCGGAGCUCUGGGACAAAUGGUGGGCGGACGACCUGCCCGCUCCCUUCAAGAGCCGCGUUAACCUGAUGUCCGCCUACGAUUGCCACAAGCUGCGCAAGGAUGUGGCCCGCCAGGUGGCGGCUCUCGGGGAUCAGGAGCGGUACGAGGGCGGCAACGACCACGUCCGGUGGUCCGUCUAUCAGGGCAUCCUCAUGAUCCUGGUGUUGGUUUCCGUUCUGAUCGCCAUGGUGUGCGCCAUUCGAAUCCUCUGCAAUGCCCUCCAGCGAUGGUCAACGCCAAUGGGCAUGGAAUGUCCUCCUCCGGCGGAGUUGAAGCCUGAGAGAAGGCAAACACCACCGCCCACGCCAACUGAUGUGGAGAGCUCGCCCCAAAAAGAUCCCAACAAGCCGUCCAAGCCGUCCAAGCCGUCCAAGCCGUCCAAGCCGUCCAAGCCGUCUAAGCUGCCAAAGUCCUUCAUCUCCUUUGGCCGAAGCACCGACCCGCGCACCCGUUUCGGUCCCUACAAUCACCAGAAGCUGCUCAAGACCGCCUUCCUGCAGGAGUACCAUCCGGCGGAGCUCCAUCACCAGUUUAAAGCAAAGCCGAGCCCAAAGCCAAUACCCCGACCGGCGGAGAAAAGCGUCCAACACGCCGAACAGCAAUCGACGGAAAACAAAUCGGCCACAAAAUAACCGUCGAGGGAGCGCUGGCCAAAAAAUCGAAAACAAAUCCGAAGGCUGUCCAAGCUGUGCUCAAUCGCGGAUAAGAUUUAUGAAAUGUGUUCCGCCCCGAUUUGUUCUCGUUUUCCUGGUUCGCUUCUAGUUGGUUUGCGUUUCCCUUUUUUAUGUAGCCGUGCAGCGGCGAAACACAAAAACAAAUAAAUAUUAAAGCGG